AAAGGAGAGUAUAUUUCCCUCUCUGAUCAUUUGUGUGUGGCAUUUGCAUGCUUGCAAAUGUGUGGCAGGGAUCCUUUUGAUGUACCUGAAGAUUAAACAAGGCUUACCAGGACCACAGAGGUCUAGCAUAGACUUCCACUCCCUCGCUCUCUUCCUCCUGAGACCAGCGUCUGAUCUCCCCGGUCACUCCUACCUGUUGCUGAGGUAGAGGUGAGGACCAUUCUGCCCAUCAUUCUGCAAGCGGACACACAGAAAGAAAGACAGGUUUAAUUUGUUGGCAGAAAACAUGAGUCCCCUCAGCAUACUUCUUUUAAGCAUUCUGAGUGGCAGUGUCCUGUGUCAGUACUAUGACUACGAAGGCUACCUGGACCCCUCUCACCUGCUGGGCCCGUCGGGGCCUAACUGCCCCCAGAAUUGCGACUGCCCAAUGAACUUCCCCAGUGCCAUGUACUGUGAUGGCCGACGCCUCAAAUCCAUCCCUGGUAUUCCCCCUGGCGUCAAGUACCUCUACCUGCAGAACAACCAGAUUGAGGACAUCAAGGCUGGCGCCUUUGCCAAUGUCACUGACCUCCGCUGGCUCAUCCUGGACAACAACCGCAUCAAAAGCAGCAAGGUGGAGAAAGGCGCCUUCGAGAAGCUGGCCUCCCUGGAGAGGCUGUUGUUCAGCUACAAUGACCUUUCAGAGCCUGUGGGGCCACUGUCCAAGUCCCUUGUUGAGCUGAAGAUGAUUGGAAACAAGCUGUCCAUGAUCCCCGCAAACCUAAUGGUGGGGCUGGAAAACUUGACCUCCGUCCACCUGCAAGAGAAUGAGCUCACCACCGAGGGCCUCGAUGGAGCCUUAGAGGGGCUCAAGUCUCUUCACUACCUGGAUAUCAGCCACAAUAAGCUGGGGAAGCUACCUGCCGGCGUGCCCAAGUCUGUUCAGAUGUUCUAUGCCGACAACAACAAAAUUGCCAGCAUCGCCAAGGACUACCUGCAGAACCUUCCUCAGCUGCAAUACCUCCGCAUCUCUCACAACGAGCUGGCGGACUCUGGCAUUCCCGCUGGGGCCUUCAACGUAUCGUCCCUCAUCGAGUUGGACCUCUCCUACAAUAAGCUGGCAUCCAUCCCAGAAGUCAACGAGAACUUGGAGAACCUCUACUUGCAGGUCAACGAGAUCAGCAAGUUUGACCUGGGGAGCUUCUGCAAGAUCGUUGGGCCAGUCAACUACUCCAAACUCAGACACCUGCGCCUGGAUGGGAACCACUUAACUCGCAGCAGCGUGCCAUUCGACGCGUCCAACUGCCUCCGCCAGGCUGCUGAGCUCACUGUAGACGCCACAGACUAAAGGCCUUCUCCAGGCUUUCCCACCCUCCUCAUCCUCCUCCUCCUCCUCACGGACAGUAUUUCAAACAAAACAUUCACGCACCUCUUUCGCCCUGCUUCAGACUCAGCAACACAUCGUGCCAAGACCUAAAUCAACUGAAAGACAACAGAGAGGGCAGUUCUGCAGUGUGCUGUAGGUUCAUAAGCAAACGAAUCAUAUAGGCCCAUAAAUCUGUGCCCCAAUGUGGAGCUUAGUAACUUUAUAUAUAUAUAAAUAUAUAUAAAGUGUAUGUUUACAUGAUAUAAAUACACUAUAAUUGGGUGACAUUUCAGUUACGGUUUCACAAUGAAUAAAUAAAAACUAAACAUAUGGGAGUUAUUUUCCUUAUAGACAUUAUUCAGACAUUGAUGUGACCUACAAAACCAUAGGCAGUGUUUUGUACAUCAUCUAUAAAUAACUUGUUUUCGGUUACUUGCAUGAAACCCAUGCUAAAUAUGUAUGAUAACUUAGCAUUUUUUGCUCAUGGUUACAUUGUUUUGCCAUAUUGUAGAAUACAAUCAGUUGAAUAACCGUUCUAAUGUGCAAGACAAUGAGUACAUUAUCUUGAUUUUUUAUAUACAUGUUUUUUUUUUUUUCCACCUAAACCAUUCUUGGCUGGAUAAUCCAUUGUACAUAAAAAAAUAAAUAAAAUACAUUUACCAAAA